CUGAUUAUAAGCUGCGUUUUCAGGCUCACGCCACUCAACCAACUCAUACUGGACCUCGAGGCGUACGAUAAUUUUGUUUUUACUUUCACAGAUUUCUUUGGUAUUUAUAAAGAGAGCGAGUAUUUCGAGCGGCGUGUCCUGGAACGCGUGCUGAUGGACGAGGAAUCCGUAUCAACAGAAACGGAGCCACUGUCUGCAAAACAGCCUGUAAAGGCCAUAGAACACAGAAUGGAGCCGAAGGAUCAGAAGGCAGUGGCAAGUGGCCAAGCCGUUCCAACGGUGUCCUCACAGCUGGUUACCUGUAAGAAGUGCAACACUGAGAUACCACCUGGGACACCAUUUUAUAAACAGAACAACCAGCCCAAAUGCGAAGAUUGUUGCAUUGCGGACGGCGUCAGAACUACCCCACAGGUCUCCUCAAAGCCGGUACAAUGCAAGACGUGUAAAUUGGCGAUUCCGCCUAACACUCCAUUCUAUGAAGUGAAUCAUGCACCAAAAUGCAAGAACUGCUGCAUGAAGGACGGUAUUGAUUCCGCACCACAGACUUCUUCAAAACCUGUAAGUACCUUGCAAAACGUGCAACAGACAGAUACCGCCUGGAUCACCCUUCUACGAGGUCAAUCAUGCACCAAAAUGCAAGGACUGCUGCAUUGUGCGUUAUUAUUUUUAUGA